CCUCCUCCUCCUCUUCACAUUUCUUUCCGAAACAGCGACGAAAGAGCUUCUGCAUAAUUAUUUUGGGAGUGAGCUCCUGGUCCGGGGAACGAAUGUGAAAAUGAGGAGGUGGGCUCGCUCGAAAGGUAAUAAAUGGAAGAGUGGAGAGGAGGUUGUAUGAUAAUGAGGAUGCGCACGUUUAAAAGUUUCUUCCUCACUUGACUGACACAUGUUCCAAAAAAAUGUCCAACGAAAGCGGUCAGUUUUUGAUUUGCAGCGUAGUUCUUUUUUCUCAUGACUGUUGUCUUUUUCAGUAUUUAGCUCAAGCCCGAUAUAUUCUGAAAAUGCUCCAGAGUCGCCGCCACCAAACUGUGUGUAUUAUUGGAAUACAGUUGUGCAGGUUUAGUUAUUAUUGUUCGAUAAUAUCUUUUCUGCUUACACGCCAGUGUCCGACGAGAGCAUAUUUAGCUCAAGCCCAACAUUUUUUGAAAAUGCUUACACGCCUGUACCACGGCCAACCCCCGAUCAUCAUUGGAGUCCGCCACCGCAAUAUUACCCAACGUUGGAUCCAGUGAACUGUAUGUAUUAUUGAAAUGUAUAAGUUGAUAUUAAUUUAGAUUCACUUACAGAUUACUGGAGUCCGUCGCCACUGCAUUGUACGUAUUAUUGAAAUACAAGUGUGGUUUCAUAUAAUAAUAACCGCGUUUUUCAUGUCAGUAUUGUGUCCAACGUGAGUUAUCAUGUGGUAAGCAAUGUGACAAUGUUAAUUGUAUGUUUUCUUUCAGGGUCUGAAAUGAUGGAACUAAUAAGAAGUAGAAUAAUUAAUACAUUGAAUGAAAUAUUAACAAGUGAAUAAAUGUAUGUUUCCUUUACAUGUGAACUUAGUAACAAGUUGCAUUUGGUAAAACCAGUAAUUAAAGGGUGGGAGAGUUCCUAUCACCAAAAUCGCUUCUUUGAAGUCACACUUUCCAGACUAAGAAUAGGGCACACACACCUAACAGUGCCAAUACUGUCAGGAGCCUCUAACAGUAAUUCACAUUUUAAUAGCAUGUCCAAAAUAUGAGCAAUAUCGUUUGACCCACUUUUCACCAUUCUAUCGGUAUUGCAUACCAUUUCAUCCCUCGCUUUUGCUUGGCAAUGAGCCUAUAGUACCUCACGUGAAUGUUUUAAGAUUUUUAGAUUGUAUCAAGAUCUUACAGAGUAUAUAAGUAUUUUAGUCAUCAUUGGUAUUUUACUUUUCACAAGACACCUUUAAAGAUAAGUUUUACAUAUAUGCAUACAUUUUAAUGUCUUCAGAUUUUAAACAAAUCACUCAUUACACAUGAAUCCAUGAAUUUUUUCAUCAGUGACUUGGCGCUCUUUGGCCUAAGUAGCCCUUGCGCCAAAAAACCUUUAACUACAUACAUACAUGCCUUUACAUGUACUGUCUUGUGUUUCUUCUGUUGCAGGUCGUGAAGGUUUUUCGGCUGGGCUUUUCUCCUUCACCUGAUUGGCACGAUUCCCAGCACAAUUGGCUUUAAUAAAUAAAUUUCAGUUUGAUUGGCAUUACAAUUGACAUUAAUAAAUAUAUUUUCACUUGUA